AUGAUCGGUCGGCGUGCUGGUACGAAUCGAGUCGGUAUGAGGAGAGACGACUCUCUUCUGACUCGGUUUGUUGACUCAGUGUUCUCUUUCUUCCGAUUGGCUGAGUUUGAGAUCUUGUUCGUUCUCUUCAUCGUUAUAGCCUAUGUCAUCUUCAAAGAUCUGACGGCGAGGCCGGAGUAUAAUCGGAUUCUUGUGGAGAAACCCGGUGGAUCUGACGUUUGGCCGUUCUGA